GUGCGGGGGAAGCUGCUGCUGCACCGCGGGGUUUGCACUGCGCCGCUCCCAGUGCAGCGGGGUUUGCACUGCACCGCUUCUAGUGCAGCGGGGGUUGCACUGCGCCGCUCCCAGUGCAGCCUGGGUUGCACUGCCCGCGCCCCCGGAGCCCCGCAGCCCCUGGCAGCACUGCGGCUGCGGGCUCAGGGGAGCGGGAGGGCAGGGGCGCGGGUGGCAUGAAGCCCCCCCUUUGCCCUCCGUGUCAGCCCUGCCAGGGAAGAGGCUGUUUCAGUGCCUGGGUGAAUCCCUGCUUUAGGUCAUGGAGCAUCCUCAGAAGAGGCAAGUUUGCCUCCUGGGGGGGGUUCUAAAAUAACCCUUCUCGCAAAGCAGUUAAAAAAAAAAAAAAAAAAAAAAAAGGAUUAAAAAAAUGCAGCGUGACCCCAUUGAAGGGCAUGCGGGAUGCGCCUCAGGGCCGGAGGGUUUGGACUGGAAGCCCCCACGGCUGCAUCCUCCGGCGCCGGCAGCCGCUUGGUUGCAGAAUGAUGAAAUCUCUCUUUUAAGUUACACGCCAAAGAUGGCUGCUGUGUUGAGGAGCCAGCCCCAGCAUCAGGCGCCAUCCGUUCCACCCGGGGACGGUGGCUUUUGUUGCUAGGCUGCAUGCGGGGCUGACAGGUGAAGGGGGGAAAAGAGGGCCGCGCCAGGUUGCUGCGAUGUGAUGCUGCUUCCAGCCUUGGAUGGGGUCGAUGACUGCAGCUGGAAAAGUGGGCAAAGCUUGCUGGUGGAAAUGGAUGAUGCUGAUAAAAGCUGCAUGGGGGGAGAGAAGAAAACUUGGCAACCAGCUUAUUUUCUCUCUCUCUGUGUCUCACUACUCUUGCCUCCUGGGCAUCAGCUGUGUGGCUUCUUCUUUCCAAGUGUGGCCAGUUUGUCACCCUUUCAUUACAUGGGUCCAAUACACCAAGUUUCUCAUUGGCCUCCCCUAGGCGGGAAGGCUACAGGGAAAGGGGGCAACAGAUUCCUUGGGACAAAUAUGAAAAAAACAGGGAUGGGAGUGCUGGUCUAAGGUUCAAAAGAAGAGUGCCAAGCAGAGACACUGAGCAGAGUUCACAGGACAGCGUCCACUGGCCCUCAAAUGAGUCCAAGGAGCCAGCGGAUACUGCCCAGUGACUCCUUUGCAAGUGGGGAGGCCAGCUCGGUGCCGACGAGAAUCGUUGUUGCUGAAAGACACAAAUCUGAAAUGUGCUCUGUGGGCAUGAGAGUUCAAGAAAAUGUCAUCAACUAUACCAUUAAACAUUAAUAUAAAGGAACCCCGUUGGGAUCAAAGCACUUUUGUUGGAAGAGCCAGUCAUUUUUUUACUGUAACAGAUCCCAGGAAUAUUUUAUUAUCUAACACACAACUAGAAAAUGCAAGAAAAAUUGUACAUGAUUACAGACAAGGUGUGGUGGCCCCUGAAUUGACUGAAGAUGAGCUUUGGAGAGCAAAAUAUGUCUAUGAUUCAGCUUUUCAUCCAGACACCGGUGAAAAGAUGAUCUUGAUUGGCCGAAUGUCAGCUCAGGUACCAAUGAACAUGACUAUCACAGGUUGCAUGAUGACCUUUUAUAGAACGACUCCUGCUGUAGUCUUCUGGCAAUGGAUUAACCAGUCCUUCAACGCCAUUGUAAAUUAUACCAACCGAAGCGGGGAUGCCCCGAUUACUGUCAGCCAGCUGGGAACAGCCUAUGUUUCUGCCACCACAGGUGCUGUAGCAACAGCUCUAGGACUUAAUGCACUAACCAAGCAUGUCUCACCCCUCAUAGGACGUUUUGUUCCUUUUGCUGCUGUAGCUGCUGCUAAUUGCAUCAAUAUACCAUUAAUGAGGCAAAGGGAACUUAAAUAUGGUAUCCCGAUUACUGAUGAAAAUGGAAACAGAUUGGGUGAAUCUGCCAAAGCUGCUCAGCAGGCCAUUACUCAGGUGGUUAUCUCAAGGAUUCUCAUGGCUGCGCCUGGCAUGGCCAUUCCUCCCUUUAUAAUGAAUGCUUUGGAAAAGAGAGCAUUUUUAAAACGAUUCCCCUGGAUGAGUGCCCCCAUUCAAGUUGGAUUAGUUGGAUUCUGUUUGGUGUUUGCUACGCCUCUGUGCUGUGCUUUGUUCCCUCAGAAAAGGUACACAUGGCUUUUUUAUUGUUACGUGAACGGUGAGAUCCAGAUGCACACAGAAUGCUUCGAAGAAACAAGGAAAGAAAUGGUCGUUGCUAUUCAAAAUCAUAGCUUAAAUUUUGAUAUGAUAAGUGUUGGUUCCAAAAUACAGGCACAACGGGGGGGAAAAUGGUUACCAAAGAUGCACAGUAAGGAAGAAGUACAACUUAAAGGGGAAUAAUAAAACUGUAAGCAAAUAGAAUUGUUAACCCCUGACAGGUAGAGCAUCAGAAAUUAGUCUUAUUUUUUAGAUGAGAUUUGAACAAGAUGGCUUGAGAACCAGGUUUGAAAGGUGUUCCUGUCCCUAGGAGCUUCUUGGAAGGAGGUAAAGAAAGCUUUUAAGGUUGGCAUCAUUGAUGGAAGAGAGAGGAUGGGAUAAGUGAAAAAGAAAGAUGAGUAGGGAUACAUAUUGGAGCUGAGCAAUAUAGGGACUUGAAUGCCAGGACAAGAAGUAUAGACUUGCUAAUGCCUGGGGUCAGUGAAAGGACUUAGAGUUCCAUUUUUAUGCAUUAUGGUGGUGGUUGAAUUUUGAGAUCCUAUUCACUUUCACUUGGGAAUUCUCACUGAAUUAUAAACAUCAAUUUAACUGUAGUCUGUCUGUAGUUUGGCCAAUAGGAUUUUAACUAAGAGAGUUUUGCAUCUAUUUUAAUAUAUUUUCACUUGUAUUUAAUAGUUCAGAAACGGACUUAAAACUAACAUUCAUGUCCCUGAGAUCAUAAAGAAACAUGGGCAGGUUGCAUUUAAAGGUUAGCUGUAAUGCAAUUAGUUUUGUCAUCUUCGUGUUAAAACUUCAGUUGUUUUACAUUUUGCUUUUAUCAUUCAUUGGAAUCAGAAGUGCUGCAUCAAGUAAGCAAUGAAUUAAUUACUGAAAUUGGAGCUUAAGGGUUUGUUUAAGAGUUAGAGGACAGAUUCACUAGCUUUUGACUUCUGAAACCCAGAAGGCUUAUUCAUCUCUUGCUUAAUGCUUACACUACUGUAAUUCUCAUCACCCCAGCAAUACAGUUUAGAUACUCUUUUCCUGCUAAAAAAAAAUAGAUUUAAGAAAUGUAGAGCAAAAAACAUUGCAGCGCUACAUUGAGUUGGAUAGAGAAAGUAGUCGGUUCUUGGUUCAGAUUAGUGCUUUUAGAAUUUCACCCUAACAUAUUGAAUUGAUUUGCUAAUUUUAUGGGUAAUUUUUUUUUAAUGCAUUUGAAUCAUUGCAGCUCUGUAUGACUUAUCAGCUGAAUUCACUUCACUCGUGAGAGAGAAAUGUUACACGUGUAAAAGAAUUCCUUGGAUUCAACAGAGUAGAAUAACACACUUGUUAACAUCUUUUCAAGGGUGCAGUUUGUAUGUACAAGCCCAUUGGAUCGUAACCAUCUGAGUUGAAGUUCAGUAGAACAGUAAAGCAGCCAUUUCUUGCAUCCGGAGAACAAUUUAUUACCAGUCAAAUUAGGCUAAUUGCUAUGGGUCUCAGAAUCUGAAUUUUCCCUAUAGGACAGGAAAAAAUCUGAAGCCUCCUUUGCUUAUCCACAAGCCUUGAUCAGAUGCAUCAUUAUCCAUAUUUUUGAUCCAACCGUUCAUUAAAGUGUAAUCUUUUUACUAUUUUUUUUCUCUUGCCUAGUUCCAUGUCUGUAACACGCUUGGAGCCAGAACUGAAAGCCAAGAUCCAGGAGAUCAGUCCUGAUUUAGGACGCGUGUAUUUUAAUAAAGGAUUAUAAUUCAAGGAUGGUGGAAAUAUUUUGUGAACUUUUUUUUUUAAUUGUGUGCCAGCAUUAUUGAAAAGAGCUCAAUUUUGAUCUGUCCUUUUGUUAAAUGAUUUUGAACAUCUGCAUUAUUUUAUAAUAUAUAUGUAAAAAGACUUUCCUUCUCAUAUUUUCUUAAAUCUCAAAAACUCAUUUUGUUAUUUCAUUGCCCACUUUGAGUCUUGAAUGAAACUUUAACCGCACAUAUCCAAAAUGUUUACAUUGAGCUCUCGAGCAGCUAAAAGAAAAAAAAAAUCAAGCACACAAAGGGUACAUCUAUACAUGCAGUUAAUGAGGAGCAGUAAACUCUGGUGCAUAUCGCACCAGAGUUUGUUGCUCCAAGGCACUGCGUCUACACGUGCACCCAGGACCACACCAUGUUGAGCCAGGUCGGAGCAGCCCUGACUGGCAGGGGGGUGAGCCUGCCAGCCCAAGGCUGCUCCAACCCAGCUCAGCAUGCUGCAGAGGGGCUGGUUGGGGCACGAGUGUACUUCAGUGCAGCUAACUGGGAGGCAGCCCCUGCACUGAAGCACCCUUGUGCUCCAGCCGGUCCCAUCAGCAUCUGCGUGUGUGUUGCUGCACACUUAAGAACACCACUGCAGAUAGUACUUGAAAAUCCUAUGGUGGUGUUUAUUAGCUUACUGUGACCUAAUAGGGCCUCAUGUGCAGACGUUGAGUGCAGAGGUAAUUGGGCAGUUCCACUGUAAACAUCUCAUGUAGAUGCACCCAAAAUCAGAUUUUCUUGUCUUAAAUGUAUUGCCUGUUCUCCCUCCACUUGGGACAAAAGUCCCUUUUUACGUAUUAUUGAUCCUGCAGUUCCAGCAGUGACUGCAGAUCUGCUUCUCCAGGCCCUUCUUGUCCUGUAUCAUCCUAGAAGGAAUAACCCCAAAGAACAGUUGGUGACCAUGCCCUCUUUACCUUCAGGUUUUGACUUCAGCAGAAAUAGCAGCACUGGAUAGUUUAGGGGGUUUUUUUCCUUUCCUCGUUUUUCUUUCUUAAAAUCUAUAGACUCCGUGAAAAGUUCCUGCGUUUCUAUUUUAACUAUAUUCAACACAUGCUGCCCUGUUGUGUUCAGCCUAUUCAAAGUGCUCUCAUUUCUAACAGAAUAUUGUUGCAACAGUACAGUGUGUUUCUCCGUUUCAUGUGAGGGUCAUGUGUUCGACCUCUGUGUUUCUUGAAGAGCACAGAGAAAGCAUAUCAUGUACUUCUGUUUUAAUCCGUUACUGUACAAAAUAUACCCAAACACUUUUUCUGAGUACAUUCCAUCAUAUUAUUAACAUUGCCGGCAUGCACCCCGUUGUGUUUACAAUGCUCAUCUAUAUUUAAUGUACAGUAUACCUAAUAUAACUCUAGAGAGCUUACACUUCAAGGGUCAAAUUCUUUUGAUGUAUAUUGGAGCAAGUUUUCUGAAGCUGUGCCAUUUUGCAUUAGCAAAGAAAUUGGCCCAACACUUGUAGAUGUUCAAAGUAAUAUACAAAACAAUGGUGUUUUACUGACAGUAUGUUGUUGUUAUGCAGAGACUAUAUAGCAUAGCUAAUGUCUGAAAGUUUAGAGAACAAUAGUGGCAGUUUUUGCUUGACUGUGUGAUCAGAGUGAAUUUUCUCAUAAAGCAGAAAUUUGCUUGAUGGUUGUUACGUUUAUCUUUGAUCUGAAAGGAUUAACAGAUCUGAAGCUUUAGUCUCCUUGAAUGCCACUGAGCCUUACCUGUAUUUCUUCCAUAAUUACAAAACCUCACUUUUUUUGUCUUAACCUUUCUAGUCGGACUGAGCUGGUUUCCCCAGUGAAUUCUGACCUUGGGUUCCUUUAUUGCAAUAAAUAUUUCUGAGAGAAAAAAAACGAAAGACAAAACUACAAUUGCAUACAUGGUUGUCGAAGAGCUAGGAAGGAAUGUAUUUAAUGAUUACCAUCUCCUAUUUAAAGGAGCUUGUCUAGUUUUUAAAUGUGCCAUUUCUCCAAUUGUUGUUUUUUUAACUCUUGCAAUCAAAUAUUUUAUGUGAACUCGCUUUUUUUUUCCAAAAUGCUGAUAUUUGCAAAUUAAUCAUUGCUCUAUAUGAAAGAUAUAGCCUAGUUUAAAAAGAAUUGAUAGCUUUCCAUUAAAAGCGAUUCUUCAGUGACCAAAGUAUAGCUCUGAGGACAAAAAUAUACCAUGAGUAUAUAUAUUUUUUUUUAUUUCCUUUUUUGAAGCUUCAGUCUAUUAAUGCUUUUCUACAGAAAUAACUGUACAGUUUCAUUGUAUUAAGCAGAACAAAAUAGUAUAAAGAUCAGGCAAUUUAUCCUGGUCUUAGAAAUAGAAUGUUUUUAAAAACUAUUUCCAAGUAAAGUGCAAUAAACUUUCUGAAAACUGGUAAAACAGAAUAACUAAUAUUUCCAGUUGGGGAAUAUAAUUUUAAAUGAUGAGGUGACUGACUGUUUUUAAUUUAAGUAUUAGCUUAAUGUCUUGCCAAUGUUGACAGAGUUAAUGUCAUGUUUAAACUGAACUGGAUGAACUAUCAAAUAAACUCAGAUUGAAAUGAA